GCUCUACGGAAGGAGAGCGUAAACAGAUCACUGAAGAUAGAUUCAAGUGAGUUUUUGAAUCAGUUGCUCUACUUAGUGAGCGAUUUUCUAGGGCUAGAGAAAGCACUCAGGGCAUCCUCGAACGAGGCACUAGCAGAUAAAUUCAAAAAUGCAGGAGCCGGAUAUCGAGCCCCCCUCGAUAGCGGACAAUGGUGCUUCCCUCGGCAAAGUCCUAGUCGUUCCGUUUGGAGACGUGGAUGCGCUUUUCCGAGUCCUUCACCGGAAAGUCAAUUUUCGUCAGUUCAGGGUCUUCCAUAACCCUCCAUGGAACGUGGUACUGCAAAGCGCAGACAAAGUGUAUCACGCGUGCAAUCGCGCAGCCAGCACGUUCGAAAAAUUUCGAAGCAAGUGCCUAGGGCGUAGUAAAAAUUUGGAAGCCGUGGAUCGAAGGGUGCUCGAUUUGAAGCUGCAGGCGCUACAAAAGUUUGCCACGCAGGCGCGCAGAGCUGCGUAUGCUUUGGAAUCGUUCAUCAGUGAGGAGGAGAAGGAUCAACUGAAGGAUCUGGGCAUUCGCAAGUGGGAGAACGUGGCCAUUACAGAGCUAUUGACGAAAAAAGAUGAGGUGCAAAACUGCGUGAAUACCCUGAAGAGCGUGCUAGAUGACGGAAGCUACGUGCAGCGGCUGGAUUAUUUGAACUACCUCGAGCGUUUACUCAAAAAGAAGAUCACUCUGCCAAAAUCGUCUUCGACCGCGGCGCCGGCCAGCAGUUCACAGAAUGCCGUGGGCUCUGCAUCUGCCAGUAAUCUGAGUCAAAACUUACCGCCCAGUACAACACCCUGCACAACUGGAGCCAGUUCGAGUGUCACGAACAGCGGAAGUGAGGACGACAUACUCAACGGCGUCAUUGGCGAUUUGUUGGUCGGGAUGAGAAAUCUUCUGGAACAAUUGUGGGCGAAACUGCCCAACAAUGGCGCAGCAAUCGCUGAAUAUCCGGCAUGGGAUGAGAUCAAGCGUCGCUUGGAUGUGAUGUUCAAAGACACAACGAACUGCGUUGAAAUUGUCGAAACCUAUCGAGCAAGUAGUUACAGCACGAACAUUGUUGUUUACGAAUCGGAAGUAGACAAGCCAUUUAGUUCUCGUAUCAAGCAGUUAAGGUUGGAGGCGCUGAAAGCGUUUCUUGACGACUUGCGGUUUCGCUUUGCGUUCCCUGCAAAGGAGAUCGUGAACAGCGAGAGCGUUAACUCGACGAAAGAAGCAGAUGCUGCGUGGGGCCGCACGGCGGUCACGGCAAUCCUCGUCAAAAAGAAAAUGUUAGAAGCCCUGUCUCAAAAAAUAAAGGACGUAAUGGAUGAGAAGCGACACUCGACCUCUUUUGCCUACAUGAACCACCUCGAGAAGUUGCUGGGAAAAAAGAUUACGCAGGAGCCGCCCAAAAAUGCUGGAGUUGAACCGGUUGCAAGUAGUGCCACCACUCCUGUUGCUGUGACUGUGGCGUCUUCCACUUCUACUCCUGUUCGAUCUUCCGCGUCGACGUCGAACAAGAACACGAAUGGUGCACCGGCGAGCGAAUCGUCGAAAAAAUCUCCUGUUGUUCUCGCUACUCCGCCCAGCAAAAGAGGCGGCAAAAGCUCGUCUACUUCCUGCGACAGCACGACCGUGACCCCCUCCCGCAACAGUGCUACUCCGACCACGAUUGCGUCUGACGACAGCGACGAAAGUGAUAGUGAUACAGAGACCGACACUGAGUCAGACAGCAGCUCAUCCGACGAAGUAGGAAAGGCUCGGAAAACGAAAAAGGAGGCCGAUAUUGAGUUCCAACGUGCCUGCGAGAAAAUUCCCGGCACCGUGGGCAUGAUCUGCGGAUUUUUCAUGGGUGUCGGGUUCACAUUGUUUCUCAUUUUCCUCGGAAUGUUUAUCGCGUACAUGUGGUCCUCCGCCAAAUAGAUCUUGAUGUACAUUCACAUUGCAGAUUCGUGACUCCCCGGUAUGCUGGAAGACCCCCAAACAGUAAAAAAAACUAUUGGGAAUCAUGGCUUUCGUGAACGUGAAUAAGUUUUCGAAAGUGUUGUAAGUGGUUCAGGGUGCGAUGUCUCUUCGAUGGUUCAACAGUGACUGUACUUUGUGAC